AUGGACGACGAGGUAUACGCGUCGGCAACGGGCGUGGCCCUGCUUACAAACAAGCUGUCCAAGGCUGCACUGGCGCGGCCACCGGUGUCAGCCGAGCUCAAGGCUGCGGCGAUCCAGCUGCGGCCGGACAUGGCGGGCGUGGUGGCGCUCCUGCAGCAGCAGAUUGCCAACCGCUCGAAUCCGCCUGCAGGCGUGGGCGCCGACUCUAUUCCGACCGAUGAGCUGGCUGGGCUGCGCAACGCAGUGUCGGUCAUGGUCUCGCAGGGCGAGGCCGUCAUUGUGGCGUCGAUCAAGACAGCCAAGGGCGAGCCGUCGGCAUCGACGGCGCUAGCUGCGCGACUCAACACGUUUACUGGCACACUCAAGGGUGUGCUAGAUGCACAAGCACAGUUUGAUCGCAUCAAGGGAAAGGGCAAGGCCGUGCUAGCGGCGACGAUCAAGGUUCGCGACGGGACCGGUCAGUUUGUGAAGAACGCGGUCGAGUUGACCAACGCAUCGCUCGAGCUGACGCGGCUGGUCGAGAAGCGGGUGUGCGCCUUUGUGACCUCGCCAUCGGCCCAGAGCCGUGCGCUCGACCUGGCCAAAAAGGUGCGGCUUGCGGCCAAGGCGCUGAUUGUGGCGGGCAAGACCCUGAUGCGCGACCCGAGUGCCGACACUCAGCCGCGAACCCAAGCUGCGUCCGAGUUGGGCGCUUCGAUUUCCGAGCUGCUCAAGCUGCUUAAGGACCCGCCUGUGGGCACUGGCGCGAGUGCGGCCGACUCGAGCGCAGGAGGCAGUGGAGCGGUUGCGGGCGGAGCAGUCGUUGGCGGAGCAGUCAUGGGCGGCGUCGCCGUUGGCGCAGCCGCAGCUGCUGUCGCUGCCAGCGGCGGCGAGGCCAGUCCUGCGCCGAGCCCUGUACCGAGCCCUGUGGCCGAGCCGAGUCCUGAGACCGAGCCGAGCCGCGAGGACGAGGCGAGUUCUCCAGUUGACCCGCGGUCGCGGCCGCAGCCUGUGCCCGAGCCCGAGCCCGAGCCCGAGCCUCAGACUGAACCUCAGCCUCAGGCUCUGCCGACACCAGAGCUUGAGCCCCAGCCUCAGGCUCAGCCGCAGCCCGAACCGGUGGUGGCGACGCCCGCGCCUGGAGACAUGGUGGCCAAGUUUGCGUUUUUUGCCGAGUCGAGCGACGAGCUGACGUUCCCUGCUGGCGCACGAAUCACGGAUGUGGUUGCGACGGCCAAUCCGGCGUGGAUGCGUGGGAUGUAUGAUGGCAAGACCGGAAUCUUUCCGUCGAACUGGGUCGAGGCUGUAGAGGCUGGGGCCGGGAGCCAGGCCGGCGGCGGCGCGGUUACCGGCGCCGCCAACGGCGGUGCCGGGGCGUCGGCAGCGGCAUCGUCGUCGGGAAGCGCUUCCGCUGCUGGGAGUGAGCCUGCGCCGAAGCGUAAGGUCAAGGCCAAGUUCAUGUUUGUGGCCGAGGCUGCGGACGAGCUCACGUUUGACCAGGGCGACAUCAUCGACGACGUUGUAGAGAUCGACUCGGAGUGGAUGGAGGGGACGUUCAAGGGUAAGCGCGGCAUCUUCCCGCAAGCGUUUGUGGAGGAUGUACCGGUGGAGGCGCCGGCGCCGGCCAAGCCGGCGGUGCCCGAGUCAAACGUGCGGGCGCGGGCGCUGUUCAACUUUACAGCCCAGGCCGCAGACGAGCUUGCGUUCUACAAGGGCGACGUGAUCGAAAACGUGCUUACUACCGACGACGAGCAGUGGUGGUUCGGCAAGUGCGGGCGGAACGACGGCAUCUUCCCCGCCGGCUUUGUCGAACUCCUACCGGAAGAGUCUGAAGACGCGGCGAGCUCGUCGAUCGGCAAGGCCAAGCACAAGAUCGGCGCCAAGGGCUCGGGCAACGCGCGCGGUGUGGCACUCUACGACUUUGAGGCCGAGUCGCCGGACGAGGUCUCGUUCAAGGCCGGCGCUGUGAUCACCAACAUUGCGUUUACGCGGUCGGAGGAGUGGUGGCGCGGGAUCGUCAACGGUCGUGAGGGCCUCUUCCCGUCCGACUUUGUCGAGCUCACCGAGGACGAUGCGGCGGACAUGCCGGCGUACGUCAAGAGGCUUGUGGGGUGA